AUCACGACCUUCCAGCAGGGCCUCAUGGCAAAGGCGUACAAUCAAUUUGGUCCGAAUCCAAAAUACGCGUUGAACACGAUGACUAUCUUAAGGCUCUAUGACCAUUUUGUACAUCAUUACCAGCAGAAGCGCUUCGUCAAGGAGCAGAAGUCGCCAGGCAGCGUAGCUACAACGGAGGCUCGUAAGACAGCAUAUAAGAAUCGAGAACGUCUGGCCGCUUCUAGGGCAAAGUUUGCGAAGGAAUACAACCUCCCACGUCGAUAUAUCGAUAUCGUGUCUGAUGUCAAGGCCACCUCUGAUGAUGAGCGGGAUCCGGUCACCAGCGACUAUGCCAUCAAGCGCAGGCCGGAGCGUUCUGCAGCCGCAAAUGCCUUCUUCCGCCGUUUCGAUGCUUACAAAGAGCAGACAUUGAAGCUCUCUCGACGUGGGGGGCAAAGGGAUCGUAAGCGCUUUUUGCCUGAAAAUCCCGAGGAUACACCAUUCCCAAGUUUG